UUUGCAGCACUCGGUCCCUCCUAGGGUGACAGCGCAUCCCAGUGGGGGCGCAGUGCAAGUGCCUUCGGCGUCUGCCUUGAGAUCUGGUGCAUUGCAGGAGGCUCAGGGGACGUUUGAGGCGACGCAGGGAAGUUGAAGGUCUCCAGAGAGUGGUUGUAGGAAUACCUUAGCACGGGUCUCCCUUCCCAUGCAUUCUGCCUGUGAGCUGGGCCUAAGAUGCCCCCUCUUUAGUCUGCAGCCUAUCUAUGGUCGCCACCACCAUAGGGCAAAGCCUACUUGGUUUGACGGAGGCUCGCGGGUGGCAGAGGCCUCCGGGCAUGCGCCUCUACAGGGUGGGCUGAGGGCUUGGGAGACUAGGGCAGGUCGGGGCAGUGGGGUUGGGUAGACCUCAGGGGGCUAUCUCAGCAAAGGAGACAGAAGCCCUGAUGCACAGCGGGGGCGGGGAGAGACUCCGUGGCUGGAAUACUGAUGAGUUGGCUCUGAGCUGGACCUGACUCUGCUGAAAGAGAAGCAGGUCUGGGUGCCCAGAACUCCUGUGGUCCUAUGGCAUACAGUCUAGGCCUUAACCCUCGAGGGUGGGGACCUAAGGCUGAAGCAGAAGGACCAGAGUUUUCUGAGCGGUCGCGUACUAAAACCAUCCUUCUCUCCAAACCUUUAUUCCACCAGGGUUCAAACCUUUUCCCUUUCAGUAGCUGCGUGUACAAACUUUGAGACACCUGUUAGCAGAAUUCCCUUUUGGGUCCCCUUUGAUAGGGUCUCUCCCCGGGCUACCGAGAAAGAAUGCUAUUGACAUGUUGUCUUGGGACUCCUCUACUCUGAUGGCUUCGUGUGAUUCUCAGACCAUUCUUAGAACAUUCUAGCAAAGCCUACUUGACGUGUUCCUCUUGUCCUCUUCCGCUGAUUGACCCUGACUCUCUGCUUCUGUGUUUCUUGCUGUUCCUCAGCCAACCCCCGGGACCUUCCCUUGGCCUAAGCCUUUACAUUUGUGUGUUCUUUCCCGAGAUUCUCUUCCCCAGUGCCUAGACAGGGCAACCCUCCCUUAUCUCAUUAACUUUGUUCAGACGUGUUAAGCCCAGAUGGAGACUGCAAUGACCAUUUGAUGACCACAUGCUUCAGACAGUCCUUUGUUCCCCGUUUUAUUUUUCUCAGUAGUAUUUAUCACCAUGAUAACAUGCACAUGCUAAUUAUGCUGGCUUUGUACUUAUCUAUUGCUCCUUCCCCCACACGUACAAAACAAGAUAAGCUUUGUGAGGAAAGAGCUCUUUUUUAUUAUUAGAUAUUUUCUUCAUUUACAUUUCAAAUGUUAUCCCGAAAGUCCCCUAUACCCACCCCUCUCCUGCUGCCCUGCUCCCCUACCCACCCACUCACUCCUGCUUCCUGGCCCUGGCAUUCCCCUGUACUGGGGGCAUAUAAUGUUCGCAAGACCAAGAGCCUCUCCUCCCAAUGUUGGCCGACUAGGCAAUCUUCUACUACAUAUGCAGCUAGAGACACGAGUUCUGGGGGGGGGGGGGUACUGGUUAGUUCAUAUUGUUGUUCCACCUAUAGGGUUGCAGACCCCUUCAGCUCCUUGGGUACUUUCUCUAGCUCCUUCAUUGGGGACCCUGUGUUCCAUCCAAUAGAUGACUGUGAGCAUCCACUGAAAGAGCUCUUUUUAAUAACAUGUUUAUGCUGCUUAGAAGGAAGGAGACCACUUUGCAGAGAUGUGCUUUAAGUCAACUUUACUUUUCAAGUAUACCAUUUGGGGGGGGUGGCGUCGGUGGGUGGGCUGCCCAGCAUUGUCAAAGGAGAAAUUAUCUUUACACCACUUUAAUUUUGAAAAUUAAAAACAAUAGUUCUCAGACAUGAUUUCUUCAUAGUGUGAUUCUUCAUCCAAACUCGUGACUGUAGUCAGGACAUAGUUGGUCUAGAGUGGAAUUUCUCUACAGAGUAUCGAAGAAAUGAAUGGCCCUGCCUGGGCAAAGACCGUACUGCUACAUGUUAAUUGGAAUGGUAUGAAACACAACAUGUGUGUUCAUGAAGAAAAGCCCCCCUCUGUCCACAAAGACCAAAAGGAACCUUCAAAUCUCUGCUAAGCUCCAUGUACAGUUGAAAUGUCAAGCUGUUUGUUAAGCCCGAUAAUGCAAAUUGUGGGUAGACAUUAUGGUUGAAAGUUUUAUAUCUGCUUAAAAAUAAUGAGAAAUGGAAUAAAUGGCUAGAAGACCAUGACUGGAUUUUGGCACAUUUUUUUCCAGAAAAAUAAAUCCAUUUCAAUUUGUUCAGUCAAUAUCAGAGUGACUAAAUGGCCUGGAAAAGUUGAAUGGGGAAUGAUAGAUUUUAAUACUCAUUUUUUUAGAAAAGCACCUAACAUUAUUUCUUAAUUUAUUUUUCCCUAACAAGCUAAUACAGUAUUGCUGCAUUGCCCACAGCUAGACUCUGUCCUGGUAUUUCUGUCUCUGAACAUGCUCCCAGGCAAGAAUUGCUAUGACCUUUAAAACACAGGAGAGCAAAAGGCUCUACCUCCUUCCCUCGGAGUCUGGGCACUGAGUUAUGAAUGGUUUCAUUCAUAUUCUGUGAUAGUAACCAUUUCUACUGCUGAAGAAAAUCCUGUGAAUAAAUAUCCGUUAGGCACAGGCCAUUAUCUUACAUAGGCAAGGCAAAAUAGUUUUCAAGUAGUUUUAAUAGUGGUUAAAAUUUAUCAUCAGAUUACCAAGUUAAUUUUUUAGAUAUUUAUGACCUUGAAAAUCCAUAAGUAAUACAUGAAAUAAUAAUCCAAACCAAAUAUCUGGUAGCAGUCUUUAUACUGUAUCAUCAUUUAUGCUAUCCCUUUUUCCACGUCAGGCUGAGAGAAAACCUUGCAACACAAGAGAGUUUUGCAGACAUUUUGAAAUAAGCUUUUGGAGCUACUAACUCACUUUGUAAUUUUGUUUGGUUUGGUUUGGUUUUGAGAUGAGGUUUCUCUGUGUAAGUGCCCUGGCUGUCUUGGACUUCGUUUUGUAGACCAGGCUGGCCCCAAACUUACAGAGAUCUGCUUGCCUCUGCCGCCUGAGUGCUGGGAUUAAAGGAAUGCACCACCACUGCCAGCACCACUUUGCGAUUUUUAGCAGUUCCCAAGAGUCGCCAUAGUCUUAAACUCUUGAUGGUUUACCAAUCACUGAAUCAGUAAAUGUUUCAUAAGCUUCCUUCCGUGUUUGUGCUGCUAAAUAUUUUUUUUCUUUUUUACCCUAGACACGUGCUAAUUCGUCUAGAGUGUCUUUCAAAUGACUUUGCUUUUAAAUUAAUUAACUCUGGUGUUUUGAGAUUGAGUUUUAUGUAGCGUAGGCUGCCCUCUAACUAGCUAUGUAGCCAAAAAUGACUUUGAAUUCCUGACCCUCCUACCCUAACCUCCAACCACCUUCCUUCCUUUUUAAAACUAAUAUUUACAAUGUAAUCAUUUUCAAAUAAGUCAUCAGUUGAUUAUCCUUUUAUUUCUAAACUAUGCUGGAAAAAUAUCUGCUUAGUUAUAGCAGUGGUGUGUAAAAUGUCUCAGAUGACCCCUCUAAGAUAACAUUCUGUUAAUAUUUAUUACAGUGUGUGGAACACACAGUGAUCAUCCUGACUCUCCCUCCCAGGUGCUGGGGUGAAAGGUAUACACCACCAUGUCAGACUCUUUUCAAAGUUUUUUCCUUUCUUGUGUGCGUGUGCGUGUGUGUGUGUGUGUGGGGGGGGUGGUGGUGGUGUUUUUCUUUAUUUGCAAGUUUGUGGCAAUAAAGUUUAGAGAAUUUUAAUAACGAACUAGGCCACAGUGAAGGAGCUAGAGGGCAGGAGGUCCAGGCUCUCAAGCAAGUCUCACCUCUCUCUGUCACCCAUAAGGAUGCAAAGAACUUCAGUGAUACUUUCAAAAAUAUUUUUUAAAAAAUAGGGUAAAUAUUUUCAAGUUAUUAUCUUCAGCUUGUGUAAAGUAAGAGACAACUGUCCUACCGCCGCCUGUUGUUUGGUGACUAGAAAUAAUGUACACACGGUUAUGUCUAUCAGCACAUUUCUCACCGACAUAGGUGUCAUUUGCAUGACACGGUGCAGGCUUUCGAUUUAUCUCUUCUCUGAAAUACUAGAAGCAGUUCAGGUUUUGGAGGAGGUGGGAUUUUGAAAUAUUUGCAUUCACAUAGUAAGGUAUCUCAGGAGCAGAUCCAAAUUUACACCUGAAGGUUGGUUUCGUACACAUUCUAUUUCAAUAGCCCUUGGGUCAUUUUAUACAGAUAUUUAAAGUACCAGCUUUAUGAUGGAGUUAGGGUUGGAGUUAUGUCUGGGGUUAGGCAGGAAUUGGCCACUUCUGGUGUCAUGCACCAGUUUGGCUUUUGAGGCAUUUACAGAUUUUACACUUGCAAGUUAGAGAUGCUCACCCUGCAACCUUGGCAUCCAGGGAAGGAGAAGACCCACUCAUGUGAAACUAAAAUGUGAGAGAGCACAAUAGUUGCAAAUAAUAUCAUUUUAAGAUCAGCCUUUUCAGAGACUUCUAGUUGUAAAGAACGGGAGCCAGCUUAGGUGAUGUAGGAAGAUACCAUGGAAAACACAGCAAACUCUGCCUUGUCGGGGGAUGACCCUGGUAUGCCAGGGCUCACUGUGCUGGCAUCACAUGCCAGGGUUCACUGUGCUGGUCAGCUUGGACCAAGCGAUGCUGUGCUAACAAUCUCCAAACCCCAGUGAGCGACUAAUUCCUCACUCAUGGGUGUCGUGGUCUUGUUUUUCUCUUUAGCUCUUCAUGAUGUUUUGCCUGCCACUUCCAAACUGAGAAAUCCCCAGUUACAAAUGUGUGUGGUUCUAAAAACACUGGGCCAUUUGCAUUGAGGAGUCUAAUUGUUUUUAAUUCUAGAUAUUGUCUCUGAACACUCUACUUACCAGGGUGCAUUCUGAUACAAAUACUAAGGCAAUGUUGGUUUGGCAAAGGAAAUAAUAACCUUAAAUCUACCUGUUUUUUCCUAUUAGUUGAUUUCUUUGGCUGUUUUUAUUGUGAAGUUGUCAGCAAACAACUCCAAGGGAAACGUUAUUUAAAAGAACUCUACAUAGCCUUGUGAGUGCCGCUUUCUUAAAGGACCAUUUCCUGCACAUACCGGAUCAGCAAUCAAAAUUCUGCCAGUUAUAAACAUUGUUUUCAAAGGCAAGAAACCUCUUAUUAUGCAUAAAAAUCCAGAAUGUUUAUUAUUUUAUUUGUGUAUGUGCGCAUGUGCACGUGUGUGUGUUUGUGUGUGUGUGUGUUACACACAUGUAUGUUAAUGCUCCAUGUAGGCCAGAAUAGUGUGCUGGAUCUUGUGGAGCUGAAGCUGGAGGCAGUUGUGGGCCAUCAAAUAUAGAAGCUGGGAGUUGAACUCUAGAUCUCUGCGGAAGCAGCAAGUGCUCUUAACUCUUGAGCCACCUCUCCAACCCCACUGAGCGAUACUCAAGGGCAGAAUUUCUUAAACUAUAUUCCUAGUGACUUUCCAUAGAUAAAUACUUUUGGAACUCUCCAUUCUGAACACUCCUGACAGUUCCCGUGGUACUUUGCCAUAUCAUAAUUCCAUAUGGCGAUCUUCUUUAGCCUGCACUUUCACUUUCUGUGGUUUCAAUUAUUGAAGUCAAGCAGCGUUCAAAAAUAUUAAAUGAAAAUUUUCCAAAGUUUUAAGUUGUUUGCCAUUUUGGGUGGCAUGAUGAACCCCUGUACCAUCCUGGUCUGUCACACUCAGGGUUUGGUUCACCCCUUUCUCCAAAGUAUCCACUGCACAGGCUCAGUUGGUGGUUCAGUCCAUUGUCAGAUGCACUGAUACAGGAUGGCAGUGUUUGAGUUUAAGUAACCCUUAUGUGGUAGCUCACAUUGUAUCACAGAGCCCACACCAUCCACCUCAGUGCAGUUCAUCAUCUAGGUAUAGCAUACAUCAACACAAGAGUAUAAAUACAAUACUUUUGAGAAGGAAACCCUAAACACUUAACUUUCAUUAUAUAUUGUUAUAGCUAUCAUCUUUUACAAUUGUCAUUAAUCUCCUAACUUAGAAACUAUAUUUUUACCAUAAAUGUAUACGUGCAUAAAAACACUAUAUAUACGGGGCUUGGCAUGAUAUAGAGCUUGGGACAUCUAUAAGCAGUAUUGAGCCAUCAAAGUUGAGAGCCUUAGUCUGUAUCUCUCAGAAUAGUAUAGGGAGAGAAGAGGAAAUACCACGUGUCAACAACAAACUAGCUACUUGUUGCUAGCCCAGCAUUUUCAAACUUAUUCAACUUUUGGACACUUUUUUUUUUGAGGGGCUGAAAUAUUUAGGAAACCUUGUUAGGUCAGUGAUUAGUCAAACACUUGAUUAGGGUAAUAGUAAUUGUUUAAGUUUUUGUUCAUUUGGUUGGUUUGUUUUGUUUGUCUAUACAGAAUAGACUAUUCAAAACCCCCUUCAUACAUCUUAUGUUAAUUCUUAAGUAAAUGUUGAGUUACAUUUGUUACUCUUGAACCACCUGACUUUGUAAUGUUUAUAUGUAAGAAUCUGGGUGCACCCUGUCUUCGUUACUAUUGUAAAUACUAUAAUUCUUUAAAAUGAUCAUAGGCAUCAGAAGUCUCAGGCUGUUUAAUGAAAACUAACACAUCUUCUUUGACUGUCAUUAGGCUUUAUAUCCAUAAUUCCAAGUGUAAGGUUAACUGAGUUUCUUGCUAAACUAUAUUAGGUAGAAGUAGAUUAUUUCGAAAAUGCUUUUGAUUUGAGAAAAAGGCAGUAUUAAAAACGUAGAGGGCUGCAGAGACUCAGUGAUUAAGAGCAUCUACUGCUCCUCCAGAGAACCCAAGUUCAAUCCCCAGCACUUAAACCCAGCAGCUCACAGUUGCCUGGCUCUAGGGCAGUGGUUCUCAACCUGUGGGUCUCAAACCCCACAGAGGUCGAAUAUCAGAUAUCCUGCAUAUCAGAUAUUUACAUUACUUGAUUAUAUGAUUCAUAACAGCAUUACAAUUACAGUUAUGAAGCAACAAUAAAAUUUUAUUUAUCACCAUAACCACAAACCAUGAGGAACUAUAUUCAAGGGUCACAACAUUAGGAAGGAUUGAGAACCGCUGUUCUCAGGGAGUCUGAUGCUUUCUUCUGACCUCCAAGGGUGUCUGCGCGCGCGCUUGCACACACGCACACACACGCACACACACACACACACCACAUUUAUCACAGCUGCUCGAGCCAACUUGUAGUUGCUGGCAGGUCGUCCCUUUCUUCUGCAGUUGCAUCAGGGACGUGAGCACUGUAUUUUUGUUCGGCUCUGGGUUUGCCAUCUUUUACCCUUCUGGAUGAAAGUGCAGUGUGUUAGGCUAGAACUAGUCACAGUCCUAUCUGCCUCUUAGCUUCCUCCUCCCCACUCCAUCUGACCUUCUGACCUUCCGGCUAUGUCCUACCCAUUGGGUUUACCUCCCCCACCUUCUUAGGCCAGACUUCAACAUCCCAACUAAAUGCAGCUUGAAUGAACUGGCUCUGCAUCCCUGCCCCAGGUCCAUGCUCUCACUCAGAACUGCACACUUCACCACCCCUGCAAAGGUUUCUCUGCACCUUCAGUCUCUACAACUAUGAUGGCUUUAGCUGCUGAACUCUAAAAACAAACAGAAAGAAACAUAUAGGCAGAGAAUUCUCUUUGUUUUGAUAUGAUUGUUAAACGGAAAAGGUAAGAACAUUCUUCGGUGUUUUUGGUCUUGAAAAAUUUCCCCCUUUCCUCUUAAUGACUUUAGAAACUCUUCUACAUCAUGGUCUUGACUCCUGGGUGUUUGAAACACACCUAGUCAUGUCCCUGUCCUUGGUUUUGCUGAUCUGAUCCCCCACAUCUCCCAGCCCUGCCUUCAGUUCACCCUUCUCCCCAAUAUUCCCAGUUCAUUGUUAUAGAAACUAACAUCCUCCAUUAAGUCACUGUUAUUUGGGUGUCUUGCACUGGAACCCAAUAAUUCUGUGCCAUAAAUUCCUUCUUCUGAUUUUAUCUUUGUCUCUACCCAUAUCUUGUAUGUAGCGGAUGGUAGAUAAAGAUUUACUUAAUAAAGGAAAAAAUUGGUGAGAGGAAGAUUAAUUACAACCAAUAUAAUCCCAGCAUUUUACGUUUAUAGAUCAGUCUGCCAGCGAACAUCAUCAAAAUUUAAAACUUGUAUUUAACACUUUCUGUUCAGAAUACUUGCUAUAUGCAAGUCACUGUAGAAGCCACGCACAACCGUUUGGUAUUUUGGUUUUCUUUUCUUUUCUUUUCUUUUUUUUUUUUUUUUAAACUUUCAUAAUCUACCCAUCUUCAUAUGAAAAUGAAUUCAGGAAUGUCACAAAGUCACACCAACUGAAAGUGGCAGAGCCAGAAUCUGAGCCUAGGCCAUCUGAUUCCAUAGCCCUCAUACCGACUGCUGUUUAGUCGUACCUUCUGAUAAGCAGGAAAUACCAUGCCCUGUAAAACGCAAUGCUGUGGUCUCUUAAAUCCCUGUGCCUUAAUGGGCAGCUGGGGUGCUUUAUUUCUCACGUAUAAAUAAUGUUGAGGAGUUAAAAAUCAUUUUUCUCCUAAAUUUCAUUGUGACAAAAUCCAUUACAUGAGGAAAAUACACAGCAAUGGGAAAGGAGAGACAGAUUUGUUGAGCAUCCUGUGAGCUAGAUCGUCUGAGGUGAUAAACAGCCAAGAUUAAGUCCUAAGGGGUCCAGCCUGCCUUCCUGCCAGAGCUGGGUGACAGACUGGACCUGUUAGCCAGUCUUCUUCUUUUUUUUAAAUAUUUUUUAUUACAUAUUUUCCUCAAUUACAUUUCCAAUGCUAUCCCAAAAGUCCCCCAAACCCUCCCCGCCCCCCACUUCCCUACCCACCCAUUCCCAUUUUUUUGGCCCUGGCAUUCCCCUGUACUGGGGCAUAUACAGUUUGCAUGUCCAAAGGGCCUCUCUUUCCAGUGAUGGCCGACUAGGCCAUCUUUUGAUACAUAUGCAGCUAGAGUCAAGAGCUCCGGGGUACUGGUUAGUUCAUAAUGUUGUUCCACCUAUAGGGUUGCAGAUCCCUUUAGCUCCUUGGGUAUUUUCUCUAGCUCCUCCAUUGGGAGCCCUGUGAUCCAUCCACUAGCUGAUUGUGAGCAUCCACUUCUGUGUUUGCUAGGCCCCUGCAUAGUCUCACAAGAGACAGCUACAUCUGGGUCCUUUCAAUAAAAUCUUGCUAGUGUAUGCAAUGGUGUCAGCGUUUGGAUGCUGAUUAUGGGAUGGAUCCCCGGAUAUGGCAGUCUCUAGAUGGUCCAUCCUUUCAUCUCAGCUCCAAACUUUGUGUCUGUAACUCCUUCCAUGGGUGUUUUGUUCCCAAUUCUAAGGAGGGGCAUAGUGUCCACACUUCAGUCUUCAUUCUUCUUGAGUUUCAUGUGUUUAGCAAAUUGUAUCUUAUAUCUUGGGUAUCCUAGGUUUUGGGCUAAUAUUCACUUAUCAGUGAGUACAUAUUGUGUGAGUUCCUUUGUGAAUGUGUUACCUCACUCAGGAUGAUGCCCUCCAGGUCCAUCCAUUUGCUUAGGAAUUUCAUAAAUUCAUUCUUUUUAAUAGCUGAGUAGUACUCCAUUGUGUAAAUGUACCACAUUUUCUGUAUCCAUUCCUCUGUUGAGGGGCAUCUGGGUUCUUUUCAGCUUCUGGCUAUUAUAAAUAAGUCAGCCAGUCUUCUUUUAAUGAAACAACACAUCUUAAAAUUUACAAAUGAAGAUAACAGAAUUAAAGGGAUUUUAAAAAUUAAAGGGGUCUAUGUGUACUUUGUGUCUGCAUCUAAAAUACAUGAAUGCAUUUUUGAAAACACGAAUAUGUGUUCAAUCCCAUACCCAGGGGUCUGAUCCGUUUGCUGUCAAUUUCUUCUUACAUCCUUGUCUGUGGAGCUUAAACUUUUCCUCCAAUGAUCCCCUUUCACCUAAGAAAAUUUUCACACUGUUGAAUACACAGACACAUAGCAGGUAUGCUAAUUAAACACUUAUAAUAAAUUGUAAAGAAACAUAUUGAAAAUAAUCCUUUGGGGUUUGUAUUGUGUGUGUAUAAUUAUACUAUUUAUUAGGGACAAAAGCAAUUUGCAUACUGAUGAGAUAGGUGUGGUUUUUUUACAUAAGAAAUUAAAUCUUGGCUAUGAUACUGUUGGUCAUAGAUUGUCUUUAGUAGUUUCAGAGUUGAUGAAGAUUUUUAUAAUUGUCAAUGUUGAAAACACAUAAAUAAGCAAAAGGAUGGCAGGAAUGUGUUCAGGGACAUUUCAGAACUUCCUGGAAAUUCUGUCCUGCUCCAAGCCUUUCAUUUUUAACAAAACAAAUUUUAAUGAAACUCAAAUGUCAACUUUUGAUACUAGACACUUUAAUUUAAGGUUGUACUAAUUUGAUACUUACAUGCUCUUGAAUGUAAUAGGAAAACAUUUUCCAAGUCUUCCCCCUCCCACCCCACCCCCCGCCCGCCCCGGAGAUUAAACUAUUAUGCUCCUAGAAGAUCAGAAAACUUUAUAGGUACACGACAAACACUGCAAUAUACAACUUAUGGGGGCCUCAAAUCUGAGGUGUAGUCUGCUGGCCUUGAUCAUUUACACGGUGCCAAAUUCGAAUAUUCUGUAUUCAGACCAAGCUGCAGGGAAGCCACGCAUUACAAACACUUCAGAUGCAUUAUGAGCAUCUAAUGAUCCUGUGCUCAGAGCUUUUUACCGUUCCCCAACUUUCCAAAACCACCCCAUUCAGUGCCACAUGAAGCUGCGGCCCACAGGUGAAGAAGCCAUGGGUAGUCCCACUCAUGAACAGUCAUGGUUUAGGAACAGAUUGAAGCUCUGCCAAGUACAACUGUGAUUCACAAGUCUUUCUGCCAUGGUUUGAGGCCAUCUUCCCGAGCCCACGUGUCAAGUUUAUUCCUCACUUGCAGCACAGUUGCGAGCUGGGAGCUUUAGGGCAUAGUCAGGUCAGAGGACUCUGCUUCUAGAAGGAAUGGAUGGCAUUGUGAAGGGAUGGAUGGCUGGACCACUUCCUGAGAAUGUGGACUCCUGCUGAGAGGAGGAGUGGCUCUCCUCUCAUGACAAACAUUCUCCUGUCAGGAGACAGCAGGUGGCCCUCAACAGAUGGAGUAUUUGCCAAAACUGUAAGCCAUUCUGAACUACCCUGCCUGUGGUAUUUUAUACAGUGGCACAAAUAGAUAAGGACACUUGCAUAAAAUCAAAGCCGCACGUCUCUGCCACCAGCUGCCACCAAAGAAGCCUCUCCUUAAGGACUUCACUUUGGAAAGUGUUGCUCCGACAUUGUUCUCUGGGGUGGAACAUCCUCUGUGGGCAUCGAUUCAGGGUGCAUAGACGGUUAAUUCUCAUCUGCCGCUGAUGCGUUCAUGGGACGCUCAUUCUCUACUCUGCCACAGUUUGCCUUUAUUGAGAUAUUUGUUCCUCUUCUUUAUCCAUACUUUGCUUGAAGCUUGUAUUCUGAGAAGUGGUGGACAAUACGUACUCCCCAUUGUCCUGUGCUCCGGGAAAAGUCUGAGAGAGGCUUGUGAGCUGCCAUGUAUAUCAUUCCAAGACAUCAUCUGUCCUCUGAACAAAGCAGCCAGCAGAAAUGGGCAAAGGCGGUUACCUAAAACAGGUCUUCAUUGCAGGCUCUGACUGCAGAGUGAGUAAAACCCUAGCCAGUCAAAUAUAUACAGACUAGAGAGCAGGCUCAAGGGCAAAGCUGAUCAGGACUCCAUAACACACUCUAUCCUAAUCUCCCUUUUCUGAUGGUCUUUGAUUUCUUCUCAUCACAGCAAAUGACCAACAGCUGACUGUACCGCACACCCAUAUCAUCUGCUGCUUACCGAUAUUUAUGUCAUUGCCGGGACAGAAUGAGUCACGAUGCCUCUAAAGCCACGUUGCUUAUGCUCAACUCUCCUCCCUCUCACACCUGUGAAAUGUUAGCCCAAGAGCCUUCAUCACAUAAAGUCAGAUGUAAAAUUAGACCUCCAUCCAAUCUAAUAAGUCUUCUACAGCAGAGACAACUCCACAGGGCUUCUAACAAGCAGCUGUUAUCGAUUUUAUUGACCAUCAAUCAUCUAGCCAAGUUGUAGCAAGGAAAUACGAUAAAUAGCUUUCAGCAUAUUAUCAGUGGGGAAGAAGUAUGGUGUUUAUAAGCUGCCUGUGUAUCUGGUCCAUUUUCUGCCACUAUGGAAGUCAGCCUAUGUUGAUGGAGCUAACACCUGGAAUGGUGUUAAAUAAAGUGAUCUCCAUUUUCCAGUUUGAGGAAUAAGAAAGAUAGAAUAUUGAAACAUGCAUGAACACUGAACUUCAGGUUGGUUUUAAUAAGCUCUUUAUUCAAGGGUGCCAUACUUGACCAUUUGCUGAAGACCCAAAAUGGGACGUGUACAUGUAUGUGUACCUAGUACAGAACACGAUUAUUUGAAACCUGCUUCUGGGAAUGGAACCUGUAGCUUCUGUCAUGCUUAGCCCAUGUUCUGCUAUUAAGCUUGUUUCAUAUUUUAUUUUGAGACAAGAGUAUCACUAAGUUGGCCUUGAACUUGUGAUCCUCCAGCCUCAUUCUCUCAAGUAACCGGGAUUACUAAUUUUAUUUAAAUAUAUUUCAAAUUAUCAAGAUCUUACAGUUUUUAUGGUUGAGCUCAUGUUUAGCUGUCAAUCCAAGAUUUGCAUUGAUUUCAGUCUCCCACAGUCCACUGGAACCUUCAUUUGAAUGGACCACAAUCACCUCACACUUAGCAUGCCAAGAGCAGAACGCCUCAUCUCUCUCUCACUGGUAACCAUGGAUUGCCUCCUUUUACUCUGAAUAAGAUCUGAAGGAUGCAAUUCUACAGUAGAGUCAAAUUGAAACAAGAGAAUGGGGGGUGGGGGUGGGGGGCAGGAUGAGGCCCAUAUCCCAAAGCCUGACUGACAAAAUUACCAUAUGAAAAAAGCAAGUUGGCAAAAAAGGAAGGCCGAGUGCUCAAUCCCAACCCUUGUGCACGCCAACUAAAACUAGUUGGGACCACUGGCCCAAGCAGAGAGGUACUCAGUGUCCAAGAGUUGCCUAUGGCUGGCUUAAUACUAAGAUGCAUGCCCCUGUGUGGAAAUUUAAGAUGCUGGCGUGGAUGACCCAUGAAAUUGUAUGUAGAACUGAAACCAUCAUGGCACGUGUAGCAAAGUCUGCCGUUCUAAGCUAAGGCUGUGCUUUGUGCCAGUAAAGCUCCCUUGGGCCCCCAUUCUCAUCUGAACCUCAAACGCCCGUGUUCGGCCUGCUUCCUCCUUGGAAGCGUAUUCUUUAAUAAAUUCUCUCCUGCUGCUCGCUACUAUCUGCGUGUCGUGUGUCGCUGUCCAAGUCUUAGUUCUGGGGUACAAGAACUUGGUAAUCCCUCAAGAGGUUUCCCCCAGACCCCCAGAUCUACUGGAUACCAGAUUAAGUACUUCAAACCUGCAUUUCAGAACGGCAGCAUUAGAAAACUGGACAGCGACUCACUUGGCAGAGAAAAGUGUGGAGUUCUGGGAUCACCAAAUAUGGAAAUGAGAUUGAGAGGGAGCCCUGGGCAGAGCUUUCGUGACUUUGACCCCUUACAUCCAAGCACGCUGUGCUCUAGGAGCCGGUGCAAGGACUUCCUCCACAGUCAUGGGUAGACUUCUCUCCACAUUAUGAGGCAGAUAGAAACCAAGGCCAUCCUCAUUACAAAUGGGGAAACAGAGACCACAAAGCCAAGAAGCCCAAAGUCAUGGCUAACAGGUGCUUAGAUACUGCUGGCUGUGUACAUUCGCUACUGCGACGACAGUGGUGCAGAUCUUUUCCUCUGCUCAAUUCAUGUUCCUCCUCAGCCCUGUAAGGAUGCUAACUUCAUAUGGAGACAGCAGGUCCCUCUCAGUAGAUUAAAAACCUCAUUGUAACAUUCGCCCUUUUACAUUUUAAUUCCGUAGCUUUCAGUCUAUUUACUCACAGAGAUGUGCGGCCAACGCCACCAUGAAAUUCCAUGUUUAUAACACUCAGAAAGAAUCACCAUCCCCGUUUACACCCUUAACACUGCCCUCCGUCCUUAGCACCUGAGGACUUCAAGAGUGCUUCCUGUUCCUGCAGACUUGACUGAUCUGGGUAUUGCAUACAAACUUAGUCAUAAGAUAUGUUUCCUUUUGUGUCUGCCUUCUCCCACUCAGCAUGGAUUCAGAGUUUAUCUAUUUGUAGCAUACACCAGUACUUCACCCUUUCUUGUGAUGGGUUAAUAAUCUAUAAUAUUAGAUAUAUCAUGCUCGUUUAUGCAUGCACAUGUGGUGAGCAUGGUUGCUUCCAUGUCUCAUAAAUUAUACAUAGGGGCUGCUUAGAUCUCUAUAUAUAGGUUUUGGUGUGGAUAUGUUCUCAAUUAUCUCAAAUGUGGUAUAACAGUCAUAUUUAGAUUUAGUCCUUCAUGCCUAGAACUCAUAAUGCCUCUUAUAUCCUAAAUGAUAAGAUACCCUUUGCCCACAUCUGAGUCUGUACUAAUGAGAUGAAUCCAAGUGGGCCCAAUAUAGCUCCUAGCAACUGGGCCCCAGAAAGACUGAAUAUGAAACUCUCAUAUGUUACCUCUACCCCCUGGUCUCUGAUCCACACGAAUAGAAGGAACCUGAAAUCUCAGGUCUGUAAAAAUUCCUGAACAGCAAGAUUCAGGGGCUGCAGGCAUAAGCACAUAGAAACUGAGUAUGUAGCACUCCCAGAGAACACACAAGCUCCACUCUCUUCUCGCCUUGUCUAUUUCUUGCAUUUGACUGUUCCUGAGUUCCUAGUUCUAUGAGAAACCAGCAAGUACACUGUCUCCUGAGUUCCCUGACUCACCAUACAGAACUGUCGCACCUAAAAGGGAGUUUCCCCAAAAUUGCCACCAAAUCAGAGAGAAGUCUAGGAAAGCUUGGGACCUGGACCUGUGACUGACAUCUAAAGUGGUGGCAGCCUAUGGGUCUGACAUGGCAGCUCAGGUCAAAACCUACUGACAUUGAAUACUUGGAAGACACCAGAAAUGAGUACCUGGGAGUGGAAUUACUGAGUCAUUUUGGAGUUUGAUGUUUGACACUUUGAGACUACUGUCAACUUGUUUUCCAAAGAUGCUGCCCCUUCUCGCCUUCCCUCAGCAGUGAGUGCCAGUCCAGGUUCUACCUGUCCUUGUCAGCACAUGCUAUUUCCUGUCUACGUUGAUUAUAGACGUUCUAGAGGGUGUGAAGUGGUGCCUCUUUGUGGUUGCGAUCUGCAUGUCUCCGAUGACUAUCGAUGUUGUUGGGGAUCUUUUCAUACACCUUUGCUUUUGUCUUCCUCCUCUUCCUCCUUUCCUCCUUGUUUUUAGGAAGAUGACUAUUCAAAUCCUUUGCCCACUUUUAGUCUGAUUAUUUAUCCUUUAUUUUUGAAUUACAAGAGUUCAUUAUGAGCCCGGCUCUUGCUUAUCAUCUAAAUGGAAGGGACAGAGCUGUGAGCCAUUUGCCUCUCUGAAACACCAGAGCAGAGCAGACACGGAGCUGAGAGUGGGGAGAUUUGUAGACUUACUUGUCAGGGCCCAGGGCAAGCCCCUCAUCCCAUAAAUCCCAAAGGGCUGAUUCCAAGGAAGAGCUUGGAUGAACUCCGUUCAACAUAGGAACAUCUCAGAUCAGCAGAAGACACUUCCCUCAGUACCACAUCUUCUUCCUCCUCGCUCCAAGUUCUACAUCACCUGGCUACAAAGAUGGAGCUUACUUUUGUAUACCACCAUAAAGUUCUAGCCCUGCUGAGUUUCCUGUUAACCCAGAGUUACCACUGUGAUGUUUUUAUAUUUUUUUUUAAGAUUUAUUUAUUUUAUUUAUUUGAGUACACUGUCACUGUCUUCAGACACACCAGAAGAGGGCAUCAGAUCUCAUUACAGAUGGUUGUGAGCCAACAUGUGGUUGCUAGGAAUUGAACUCAGGACCUCUGGAAGAGCAGUCAAUGCUCUUAACCACUGAGCCAUCUCUCUAGGCCCCAACUGUGAUUUUUUUUUAAAGCAAGUUAAGGUGCCAAAAUUCAAGACUCUUCUUAUACAGUUGAAAGUUAUAGACUGAUAGAAUUGAGGUACUAGGUUUUAUACAUCAUUUGUCCAACUCCUUCCCAGGUCAGAGAAAACAACUGAACACUUUUUAAAUUACCAAAGUCAUGUGGUACAUCUUAUUGUAAAAAUAACAACAACAAAAACCCAAACAAACAAAUAAAAACCAAAAAAAUCAAAACUUUAUUUUAUUGACUAUACAUUAAUAAUUCUAAAUAUCCUGGGCUGAAAAGAUGGUCCAGGGGUUGGGAGCACUGGCUGUUCUUCCAGAGGACCAGAGUUCAACUCCCAUCUCACAACUGUCUAGAACUCCAGUUCCAGAGGAUCCGAAAUCUUCACACAGACAUACAUGCAAGCAAAUCAUCAGUGCAAUUAAAUAAAAAUAAAUACAUUUUUUAAAUCUAAAUGUCCAAGAUCUUACUUCUAAUUGCUUCUCUCUCUCUCUCUCUCUCUCUCUCUCUCUCUCUCUCUCUCUCUCUCUGUGUGUGUGUGUGUGUGUGUGUGUGUGUGUGCCUGUUUAUUCAAUGAUGCUCAACUGAAACAGGAUUUUUCCUUUGGGGGACUCUUCCAUAAUCCUAGACACCUAUAAUCACAGAGGGUUUUUUGAUAGUUGGUUCUCCAUAUUCUAGAUCUAUAGUCACUAAAAUUUAUUAACUAUGUUCUGUUAUUGUUUUCAUUGUUCUUUAAGGGGGAAUUGUGUAUGUCUAUAGCAUUAAAUUGAUGUUCCUUCACUAUCAUAACCUACUCUAUUUCUGUGAGCAUAAACUUUCAGUAAGUCAGAACCUUUGUCAACAGGAUCAGCCUUCAACCACCCACCAUUCCUCCCUACUCUCCUGUGGUCCAUGUGAAUCUUCUGGUUUCUACCAACCUAUCUGCGAGCCAGCUUACUCCCAACCUACAUCCCUUCCUUCAUGUUCACUGUGGCUGUGGUUUUGCGGUGCUGGGACUAAAGCAGGGCUUGCAGCAGGCUAGGCAAGUGCUGUAGCCCUAAGUUGUACCCUAAACCCUAGCCUGACUUCUUAGUCAUCUCCAUGGCUUGCUCCCAUUGGCAUGUCUGUAGGGUUAGCCAGAUGCUAAUCCUUACCCAGGAGCCUCUGGGGAGUCUCCCCACAUGGCUUGUAUCCUCUGCCCUCACUCAGCCACUGGCUUGCUCAGCCCUGGCUUCAUUCCCACCGAAGGCCAAGUGACAAGAGCUCCUCAAAUCCUAGCUAGUGUCGCUGCCUCGGGGCUGGCACUGAUCCCAGCAGUAUAUUAUUGUAAUGUACUUGGCCAACAACAUGUAAUGAUAAAGUAAGAUUACAACAUACACAUCAGGGCUAUUUAAAGUGUACUCACAUACAUCUUAGUUUGAAAGGUGCCAUAACACAGUUUAACUAAAUGCAACACAGAGUCUAUUGACAUGUAGCCAUUACUGAUAUGACAUAGGGUGGAAUUUUUGCUGCUGUUGGUAGUGGUGAUGGUCAUACAGAUUAAACCCAGGGGCUUAUGCCUGCUAAGCAAGCACUCUAACCACUGAGCUUCAUCCCUAUUCAUUUUUGUUUUAUUUGGAGACAGCUUCCUGCUAAGCUGUUCUGACUAACCACUAACACCCACUUUCCUUCCUGCCUCAGCCUCCUGAGUAGCUGGAGUCUGGCAUGUGCUACACUGUCCACCUUAGAACAGACAUUGAAUAGAGCCUGGAUAUUCUGCUUACACUGGGGACCAGAAGUAAAAAACAACUUACAAAUCUCAUCUGCAAAUGGGGAAUAAUUGGAUUAGUCAAUCGAACAUUAUUAUCUAAAUUGAAGGCUAAUGAAGACUGGCCAAUUAAUUAUUCUGAGUAUGGCCAAAGAGUUCAAUUAUAUUUUCAUUCCACUAAGUCAUGAUUUUAUAACAAUGUAAUUAAUAUAGUUUUAAAUUCUUUUUAUCUGAAUCAUGACCUCUUCAAAGAGUCCAGAAGAGGAUUGUCCUGAUUUUUUUAAAAAGGGGGGCGGGGGGACAGGCAACAACCAGAAUAGGGGUAGGGAAGCUAGGCUCACUUACUGGUCUAUGACAAUCUGGAAGGUACCGUGAAAGGGUGAAGAAUAUAUGGUGGUGAGCUACACGUGUCCUUGGGUUUCUUGGCAUUUCUCAUCUCUGAUACGGAAAUUGUAACAGAUCCCACUUUCAAGGAUUGCCAUAGGGAAGGAAUGUCAAAUGUCUCCUGUAAACUAAUGUGAUAAAGCUCGGGUAACUAGCAGGUGACGAUAUUUGGGAGCCUUAUGGAAACUUCAGAAAGUGGGGUCUUUCAGGAAGUACAUUGCAGGGCUAUACCUUCGAAAGUCAUAGCUAGCUUCCAGUCCCUUUCUUGUUCUCUGCUUCCUGUCUGCCAUGACGUUAACAGUCUCCACCACACUCUCAUAUUCACACACUCUGCUAUGUAUGGGACCAAGCUACUGCAGACUGAGCUCUGAAACUGUGAGCUAAAAUAGAACAUCGCUCCCUGUGAGUCGUUCCCAUUAGGUGUCUGUCACAGCAAUGCAAUCAUAACUGAUGAAAGAACGGAGAAAUAGAUCCAGCGUUUCACUAUACUUGUAUAAAUACAUAGAUAGGUUCUAUCUACACAAAGCCAGCGGAGGAUGCUCUCACUGCUUAUGACUGGUUUCCUGCACAUGAGUCCCUCCUCUGGGAAUGAGGGGAAACCAAGCCAGGCACAGAGUCCAUUUCACAGGGAAGGGAUCCAAAGACAAAGGCCAUGCUAGGCCUUGAGUGUGACCAUUCUUUUGAAUAGAGGAAGCCAGCAACUUCUUAGAAGCCUUGAAGCCAGGAACCUCAUCAUCUUUAUUUACAUGACUGUACUGGUAAGUGAUUGAACUGGUCUGUGCCUCAGGUGAGUUCUCCGUACCUGCUAGAGGAAGCUCAGAACUUGUCAUUGAGAAGUCCCAGACAUUGGAAUGGUUGCAAUAAAUGGUAGCUCUUGUUAUUCAAAAAAGCGUUCAGCUGGUUUUAUGGAUGCUGUGGUGUUCCUGCAAGUAUUCUGACUGUAGUGGGUAGCCAAUACAAAACAGAUCUUUAAAGUCCUCCCCCACCGAGUAAACGCUAUUUAAUAUCUACUUGCUAGAAUAUCCUUUUAGCUUUUACUUGACAAAACAGCCCACAAUAGAGUUUGCAGACAGUAGGUCUGUGCCAAAUGCAGGUAGACAUGGCCAAUAACGAGGAAAAAAAUCAGAUAGUCCAGAUACCCAGCUCCUGAAGUCAGAGUUCAGACAGCUCAGCUAUCCUUGGGGCAUUGUUUUCUCCCCUGAAUUCUUUCCAAGAAUCCCUGACUCACAUAAGCCAAUGGGUUUGCUAAAAAUUCAUCCCAUAACUUCAGGAAGAACAACAAAAAUGGCAAAAAGGACAGGCAGGAGCAAGCCCAACAGGGUGUUCCUGGAGUGUAAGUCCCUAAACCCUUUGUGUAGACUGGAGUAGGUUUUAAAUGCAUAAGAGACACAGUUUCAGUGUGAAGACCUGUUUGCUGUAUGUUUUCAUAUAUAAGUGUACAUUUCAUAUAUGAAUAAUAUAUAAAUUCAUUACCUUGAACCCAAGAUAUCAACAUAUUAACAACAAAUUUAUAAAUGUUUUUCCAUAGGAAGAAAGAAAUGGAGGAGCUCUCAGUUGGAGGCAAGGGUCAUUAGAAUCUAGACACACAUUGAUGUGUCUUGGAGUCUCUUAGAUAAAAUUGCCUGCUGCUGGCUGCUGGUGUCUUUGUGCAGACCCUUCACAUCUGCAGUGUUUCAAGUUUCUCAGUGGGGGGUUUCAACUCUUGGGGAUCAAAGGAUGACAGGUCCUUUCCCAUUCCCCUUUUCUUACCAGGCCUUGGAAGUCUUCGAGGGCUUUACAGCCCUGUUGGGCCCUUGUUAGAGGGAAGAGAAAAGAAAAGUCACAAAGGCAGUCCAAUGUGGGGAGGAGACCUCAUGCUGACUGCCUUUGAACUUGAUUCCCAUUCCUUCUAGAAUAACAACCCGCAGGCAGAUCAGUAUUGACCCCAAAAGCCCUGUUCUAUAAACCAUACCCUUUGUCUUUUCCUUACAAGGAAAGGCAAGGAGGGGAUUGCAAGGCUGUUUUUGAUUAUUUAAUUCAUAAAAUAAGACGUGAAGAAUUAAAACAAAAGGAGUAUAUAAGUGUUGGCCUUCUCACUCUGAGAAGGGAUUUGUCAGGACUGAGCUGGGUGUGAACCUGGUCCGGAGUUCUUCACCUCCCAGUAAGAGCCACACAGUUCAGUGCUAAGCUUCGGUAUUUGAUAUUCAUUUGUGUGUUUGGGUCUCAUUGUAGCGGCCAAAUGCCGUUGCUUGUGGUUGUUGCCUUCAGUCUUUGUGUUCAGGGCCCUUGCCCUUGCCCGUUGGUCAUGUUCAGGGCUGAAAACACCUUGACUCCUGGCAUGUGCCUUGGCUGGCCUCAGACUGCCUGCCAGAGUUGGAAAGGACCCGGAUGACUCAACCCCAGCACAGCUUGUUCACUUUCAGGCUCAUAGGAAAGAUGGCAAGUUUUCUAAAGUCAUUUCUAAAAUUAUUGAAGUCUGCAGCUGAGGAAAAAGUCAUUAAAUUUCAGUGUAGAAACCGUGAAUGUGUAGCAUGCUAUAUAUUCCUCGCAGCAGCAACCCCCCCCCCAUCUUGCGCGCGCGCGCGCGCACUAUGUCCUCCGUCCUUUGUAUUCCAUAGCUCCCCUUAGACAUACUAGACCAUCCAGGGAGAAGUGUUCUGAAGAGCAAACGUUUUUAAAAAAACAAGUCUUUCUUAAAUAAGAGUAAGAUCUAUUCAGUUUCUUAUUUUUAAAAAAAAGCAAUACAUUUAACGCCAAUAUUUAUGUUUCUGACCUUUUAUGAAUAUGAAUUUGGGGACAUUUCCAAGCAUGAGUCUGGUUUUCCCUUUCUUUAAUCUUAAGCGUGGAGAACAGUUAUAACCUAACAAAAGCCCUUUUCUUCUAUCCGCAAUUCUUUUAAAACCAACAAUAACAAAACCAGGCUGUCACCAUUCCUCUAAGGAACUCGGUGGCUCCUCCUCGGGGAUGGGGCUGUAUAAGCUGCUGUUGGUUGAUGGGGGAGGGAGAGACCUUUUCUGCAGUGGAGUAGCCUGUGAUGCUGUAAAGAGCACCUCAGCCAUGCUCCUGUAAGCCACCCUAACUACACUCAUUGAGUCACCAAAAAAUACAAAUAAUGAGACUUAUAUAGGAGGAGGACUAGUUGGGGAGAAUAUGGCGAUUAGUGGGAGGGGCAAGAGAGGAUAAUGGAAGAUAAAUACAAUAAAAUACAUUAUAUACAUAUGUGAAAAUGUCAUAACAAACCCAUUGAAAGGUUAAUUGCCUUUUAUUGUGUGGGUGUCAUGUUUUUAAAAACCCAUGUUUAAAUGAUUAUAUGCAACCUAUUAAUCUAUAACUGAGUCUAUGGCAAGAUCAAGAACUUUCUAGACAAAUACAAGGGUAGAGAAGUCUACGUGAAGACUGUGGAAGUCAACCACAUACAGCAGUGUCAGGAAUUAGCAUCCUACCCUGACUUUUCUUAUGGGAGGAAAUAAUAUGAAAGUCCCAAGACUUUUAAGAGAGAUAUCUUUUCCUAUGAAGAUAAAGAAAGAAAUUUUCAUAAAUGUUCUGGAAAAAAACCCAGAAUAUUCCCAGAACCCUAUAAUAUCUCAGACAUCCUCCUGCAAGCCCGUCUGCCCACUUCUCCCAUUGCUUACAGCUUGGAUACCUCAGCCAAAAUGGGUGACCAGACUCUCCCCAUUCGUUCUUCUCCUGCUCUAUGGGGCCAUUUAAAUAGCAAGACUGCCAGCAAGAAUGCAAAUAGCACUGACUGCACACAGAAGGAGCCUUAAUUACCACUGAGAGACCUGAAGCCAGAAGGCAGAGUGCACAUCUCAGCUCAGCUGAACUCAUGGGACAGCACGGGGUUGAUUGCUUUAUCUGUGAAUGGCCAUGGAAGUGCUGUAUGUAACUUUUCAUUUCACAAGCAGGCCAUUUGCAAACACAGAAUCUGCAAGUGAUAAAGACUGACUCUGUACUCUUACUCCGAGGAAAAUGAUAGUGCAAGGAUAAACACAGUAGCACAUGGUGCUAGGGCUUGGUGAUUGCAGAGAAAUGGAAGGUUGUAAGACUUAGAAGCCGAGAGAUACCUGGUCAGUUACGGUGAGGGGUUGCUUUGAAGAAAUGUGAACUCAGUAUGCAGAUCUUCUGAGAGAAGCCCGAAGUCUGGCUAAUGUGAGUAAGGCAUCUCUUGUUCUGAAGGUGUUUAUUAUAGGGACUGUGGAGAUGGCUCAGUGGGGAAGAGCAUUUGCUGUCUAUGCACAAAGACCUGAGUCUGGAUUUCCAGCCAGAGUGUCCAUUUAUGCACAUGUGACCCCAGUGAGGAAAGAGAGAGAAGGAUGGCUGGUGUUUGCUGGCCACUAGCCUAGCUCCCAGUUCAAUAAGAUAAUAUGCAUCAAAGGAAUACAGUGGAGGGUAAUAAAGCCGGACACCCGAUGUUCUCCAAUGGCCUCUGCAUGUGCAUACAUGCACAUGCAUUCCCCAUGCCCUUGUAUAUACACACAGAGAGAACGCUUACUUAGUGAAAACACCACACUACACCUCACUGUGUCUGACUCACCCUGGGACCUCCAGCUUAUAUUUCCUUCCCAUGGGUUUGGAGCCGCAGUUCUCAACCUUGGCACUGCUGACAUCCCUGCUACACACCAUAGUGUACCAAUCCCAUGAACUCUUCACUCACCCCUGAGUUCUGAGAACUAAAAUGGCACAGAUGCUGUGGCAUGAACACACUUGUAUUCUCUCUGUCUGUCUGUCUGUCUCUCUCUCUUUCAAAUAAAUAUAAAAUAAAAUUUCAAUUAUAUUGAUUUUAUCCUCGUUUUUGAAGGUUAUUUUUUCUUGAACAUUUUUUUUUCUGUAGCACUUUGAAGGGUUCUUCUAAUCCAUCCUUUUUUUUUUAAAGCACCUUAAAGGGCUGUUCUAGUCCAUCCUUCUUUGCUCCUGAUGGGAUGUCGGCUGCUACGUGUCACUGCCCCUCACGAAAUGCGUUUUUCCUGGCAAAUGUCAUGAUUUUCUGUCUCUCUUUGACUUUUGGCAUUUACCAUGUGCCUAUAUAUCACAUACAUACAUGUGUAUACAUAUUAUAUAGCUAAGCCUAGAUUCUACAUGUGGGAGAAAACAUGUUAUAUUUGCCCUUUUUUUCCCCCACCCCCAUUCAGUGUCUGUCUCCAUACACACUUCUUUCACCACAUAAGCACACAUAAGUCUGUGCCCACAUAAGAAAAAUUGUACGGUAUUUGUGUUCCUGGAUUUGGCUAAUUCUGCUUAACAUGGUGACCUCUGGUUCUGUCUCCCUCUCUGGAAAUGACAUCAUUUCCUUCUUCCUUGUGCUGUGGAUCCAAUGACCCUGUUCAUUUUUAUGCCUUUUUGCUUUCAGUGUGUGGAAUUCCUAUUGGUCUCUUUUUAGAACCCUCUGUAUGCUGUUAAACCUACUGUGUGCUUUUAAGCCUACUGUGUGCUGUUAAGCCAAGUAAGUUGAUAGUUACUACAGAUCCACUUUUCUGUUCUACUAUUUCCAUAUGGUUCCUUUUUUAACAUAUAUAUUUUAUAACUCCAAUUUCUUCUUUGAAAUUCCCUAUGUGUUCAUUCUGGGUCCAUCUUUGAACAUAGUUACUAUACCUGUUUUGAAAGGUUUUAAUCCUAACAUCUGAGUUAGAUGGUGUGUAUGUACCACCAGGCCUGGCUCAAAGCCACAUUUAUUGCUUCUUUCCCUCCUUUCUUCUUCUCAGUUGUGGCUCUUUUUUUUUUCUUUUGUUCCUGGACACGCUUCAGUGAUGUUUUAUUAUUAUUUACUAAACAUUCUGAACUAUGCAUUGGAAACUCCAUAGUCUACUUCCUUUACUUGGAUAGUAUGAUUAUUGGUAUUACCAUAUAAAUGACCAGGCAAUCACUUUGGCCUGGUAGAGUCUUAGUCUUCUCCUUUGUCAGGGUGAUCUCUGGAAAUCCCAGUGUGAUUAUCUAAGUUCCAAACUGUCGGGGAUCAAACUCUUGCACCUCGUAAUUGGACAGGCAUAGACCUCCGCUUGCUUCCUUCACCUUUGCAACUGUUGCUUGCCACUAGACCAGUGGUUCUCAACAACCCCUACAGGAGUCAUAUAUCUGUAUAUAUACAUAUUACAAUGUAUAUAAUUGUAUACAUUACAAUUCACAACAGUAACAAAAUUACAGAUAUGAAGUAGCAACAAAAUAAUUUUAUGCUUGGGAGUCACCAGAACAUGAGAAACUGUAUUAGAAGGUUGCAGCAUUAGGAAGGUUGAGAACCACAGCUUUAGACCCUUCAGGGCACCUCAGCACCCACAAUUCAGUUACCCUAAGACUUGGAUGGGCUGGGUGUGGUGGCGCACGCCUUUGAUCCCAGCAUUCGGGAGGCAGAGGCAGGCAGAUUUCUGAGUCCGAGGUCAGCCUGGUCCACAGAGUGAGUUCCAGGACAGCCAGUUCUACACAGAGAAACCCUGUCUCGAAAAACCAAAACAAACAAACAAAAUACUUGGAUGGAUCUGUUCUCCUUGGCACCCUUCUUCAUGGGAUAACAUGCUCUGCCCCACAGUUUGUAGCUGUUUUGGUAGACAUAAAUUCUGUCUUCCCACAUCACUGGCUAGACCUCAGUUUUUCUAGCUGAUGUUGCCUUGGCAGAAAAUAUUCUGUAAAAGUAUGCUUUCCUUCUUCAAUCUUGUUUCAAUUGCUCUCCAGAGCCUUCAAAUGGAUUUUUAAAUACUUAUAUUGUCUAGAGUUUGUGAUUAAAAUCUAUACAGGUGUUAUUCACAUAAAAACUAGUUUUCUGAUAGGCACUUACAUUGUUCUUUAUGUGCAGUGUUUGAUGUAUAGCCAAUAACUGUCCCAAAGAUGGUCCUAAUAUUGGUAAUACCAGAUAAGGAUCUCAAAUACAAGUACCCACACAGUAAAGUAUUUGGUAGAAAAAUUAGUUAGCAUGCACAGAUGAGUGAUUUCAUUAGAGAGGAAACAGAAAUAAUUAACAUAUUAUAUUGGGCAUGUUUUUCACUCAUGGCUGUUGCUUUUUUCCAGACUCCUUGGAACUGCAUUCUCUUUGCAUUCCAAGUUCAGGGAUUACCAAAGAUUUGGGUGGAGAUUAAAACACGACAUCAUGAAAGUAGAACCUGUUCACUGGGCUUUGUAAGAGAUGAGGGCUAAAGAGAAAAGUAGUGGUGAACCAGGAGAAGGAGGCGUCAGCUGGGAAACCAGGAAGAAAGGGAAGCAAAGACACAGGACAGAGGGUCUGAAAUCGGAGGGUAGUAUGUUUACUGUUGUCUUAGUUAGGGUCUCUAUUGCUGUGGAGAAACACCAUGUCUGUGGCAGCUCUUAUAUAGGACAACAUUUAAUUGGGACUGGCUUACAAUUCAGAGGUCUAUUCCAUUAUCAUCAUGAUGGGAAGCAUGAUGGCAUGCAGGCAGACAUGGUGCUGGAGAGGUAGCUGAGAGUUCUAUCUCUGGAUCCUGAGACAACAUGAAGAGACAAUGAGCCACUAGGCCUGGCUUGAGCUUCUGAGACAUCAAAGCCUGCCCCAGUGACACACUUCCUCCAAGAAGGCCACAAUCUCCAAUAGUGCCAGUCUCCAUGAGCCUAUGAGGCCAUUUUCAUUCAAACUACCAUAAGCGUCAUCAAUAUUUAAUCUUACAGAUUUUAUAUGACAUGUAUUUAACAACAUAAAAUAUUAUUAGACUCACUAAGAUAGAUGGGGAAGGCAAUAAAGAAAUACUUAAAACUUGAUGAUUAUGAAUGUUUCUAAAGUUAGAAAGUUACUUCAACCCUCAGAUCCAAAAGUGAACAGAAUCCCAGAUAGAAUGAAUGGGGGUAAAUAACCAGGUUCUGUGUGGAAAAUAAUAAUUAACAUGAGUGCCCACCGCUAUAUUACAUACAUGUGCAUUAAUUUAACUAGAUCAUAGCAUCAAAAGUGUAGGUAGAACCAUUACAGUUCUAAAGAAAAGUACAGAAGAAUAUUUUUGCACUUUGGGAUGAGCAAAAAUUUCAUAGAGAGGACACAUGACUGUUAACUGUAAAAAAAGAACAUACACAUUAUCAAAAUCUUAAUUCUUCUAUAAAUAAAAAGGUAUGAAGAUAUAGAGUAGAAAAACUAUGACAUAUACUAAGGGUUAACACACAUAUGUAUGUAUGUAUAUAUGUACAUAUAUAUAUUCCUAUAAUAAAGAACAAACAGUUUGAUUUUAAAGCUGACACAAACAGAUGCUUUAUAAAAAUAUAUAGGAAUGUCACUAGCACACAAACAGAUUCUCAACACUAAUCAUUACCAAGUAAGUAUGAGUGGUAGAAAGGACAUGGACCAUUGUUAGAGAAUGAAACGUGUCUUGGAAAACUGUUUAAUUUAUUAUAUAACAAACCAAUAAAACCACAGUUAGGAACUUACCUAGAAAAAUUAAAAUAUGCAUCCAUAAAAGACUUUCAAGAGUGUUCACGGCUGUGUUAACAGAAGGGCCUAACACUAGAGAAACAGAGUCUGAGAACAGGAGCUUGGGUAGAUGAAUAGUGAACACAGCGAGGCAUGAUGGGGCACAUCUGUGAUCCCAGCCCUCUAGAGGAAGGAGGAUUAUGCAGUUUCAAGGCCAAAGGGCUUAUCUCAUAAAAGAUAAAGACCACCACCAAAAAAUUCAGUCUGGAACACCCAUGUAAUAGCAUGCUACUCAACAGUAUAAGGGGUUGUAACAGUAAGACCGUAACAGGACAAUCGCAUGUGUGUAAACCUCAAAAAAACAACUCACACACAAUGCACAAAUGUGUACAAAUUUGGCUCUGUACAAAUGAGGAUGGUAUUGUUAAUCCCAAAGAUGGGAGGAGAAAGACUACCAACCCAAAUCAUCAUGGCCAAAUUAAUUAAAACAAGCAAUUAAAUAAAGCAAGCUUUUUUUAAAGGUAUAUAACACAGGCUGCCUCCCCCUAAGGUGGGGUUUAAGAAUUCAGCCUUGGAUGUGAGAAAAGCAAGGGUUUUAUAGACCAGAGGUAGGGUGUUUUCACAGAAUAUGUGGGGUUACAGAAGCAGAACACAAGCAUAUCAAGUUAGUUAUAAUGACCCCCUAAAACAAAGACAUGAUUGAGAGGAGGCAUAACAAGGUAGUCAUAACAACAGGUAGCCAUAACAACAGAUAUCCAUAACAACAGGUAGUCAUAACAAGGUAAUCACAGGUGGUCAUAUAACCCUUUGGAAAAAAACUAGGGUUGCAAGAUGAUCAUAACUUUUUGAGGUCAUACAACCUUUUGAAAUAAAGGCAGGGUUACAAGAUGGUUAUAAACAAUUUUUUCAAGCAAAGGCACGAUUGCCAUUCCUGGAGCAGGCAUUACAGAUCCAUUAAGUCAUGAUUACAGGUGAGGCAUGGAAUCCUUGAGAAACAGAUUUAAUUAUAAACAGAAGUGAACCUAGUUUGUCUUUACUGUAAGAUGGCUUUGAAGCCUAAGGUGGAGGCAGGCUGGUUCUUCAGUAAGAUACAUGAAGAGACUAAUAAAACAAAACAGUGACCUAGGAAAUGACAACAAGAAGAUAACCUGAGCCGUGGCUUGGAAGACUUAGCUAUGGUGGAAAGAACUGAGCAAAUAAAAAAAUAAUAGUAGGAUGUCAGCGAGUAAAUCAUAUGGUGAAAAUAGGAUUUCUCCAACAUUAACCUAGAUGUCAAGUGCAGUCUGAUGAGGGGCAGGAGGACACAGACCUGGGAAGCACAUUCUAAUACAGAAGUUAGUCCAUCUAUGAAUGACAGACCCACAAACGUCUUAAAGUUAGGAUAGAUUUCUUAUACAGAGUUCACUCCAUGUUUUCUUUCGAUGAACUAUUUGCAACACUUUUGUUGUUGCUGUUGUUGUUGUUGUGUUGUUUAUUGUUAUUUAGAUGUUUGAUUUUGCUUUGCUAGGGGUGGAACACAGGACCUGGUGCACGCUAGGCACAUAGCCUACCACUGAGCCACACCCUCACCCUGGAGCCUGAAGAAGGUUUCCUGGUGGUUAGCCGUCCUCAGCAGAGGAGUGGGCACUGCUCCCUCAGUGUUAUGCCCCAGUGUGAAUGUUUGUGAGCACACAGAAAAAAAUAAUCUUGAAAGAAAAGCCUUCCUCAAGUGGGUAUAUUUUUAACAGAUGGCCAACAUUUCUCAUUAUUAAUGAAGGCACCUGGGCAAAUUUGAGGCUUAUCAGCUCCCACAAUUGCCGUUUCUGUAGAAACUAAUUCAGAAGUAUGUAGUAACCAUAGCAACGUCGGGGCUUGUUGCAGAAGUGUUUUAAGAGAAAUGAAGAAAACCUUUCCUUCUUCUGUGAUCUGAUUCUCUACUCUGCUCCUCCCCUCCCAGGACACUGGAGCAGGGGCGGGAGUGGGAGGAUGGGAGGGAGACUGGACUGUUAUCAGCCUCUUGAUCCUCAUUUCUUGUUUUACAGACACAUUCUAACCUGGCCUAGACACAUUAAAUUACAAGGAAUCAUGUCACAGCUUCUGCAACCUUAGAAGAAAAUACAGCCUGUAUGAACAUUUUUCUUUUGCUCGAAGGGUUAAGAAUAAGACUCGCUAAAUGUAAAAUCAGAAAGUUUUCCAUAUUCUUUAAAUAUCUCAUAACAAAUCCCUUCCAUGAUCUUCAGGACAGUUGCCAUUUUGAAUUAGUGUGAUGGAGACGCACCCUAAGCAUCCAAUCUGAACGAACGUCUGUGGUUUCUUUCCUGAAACACUCAGCUGCGUGUCCUGUUAAAGCCAUCUUUGGGAUCUAGCAUCUUUGGCUUGUUUCUGUCACCUUCAGGGCCCCGGUGGCUCAUGGUGAUAUCUGCCUUCUUAUGUCCACAGUAGGUGAAGAGGAGAGGGCACCCCACAGCUGAUAUGCACUACUUUUGCUUCUAAUCACUUUGGUUAGAAGUUAAUCUCAGAGCCACACCCUGCUGAAGCAGUCUUCAUUCUGGGUGCGGAGAUCAGUUAUAGACGCGGUUUCAUUUGGUUUCUCCAUGCAGCACCAUUGCUGCUGGGAGGACAGAACUAACUCUUCCCGAUGUGGCUGUGGAGCUUAAAGCAACUGGGCCUAGUUCAAGGGCGUGAGGCAGGAAGUGUUAAUAAUGUCUGCGCUUGAGCAUGGGCUCUGAGUUCCCGAGUAUGGAGCAGCGGUGUAAUCCUUAUGGUGAAAGGCUGGCAUGACUCCACUCUCCAGAUUCCCCACUCCUUUUCUAAAUUCUCCACCCCCGACCCCACCCCAACUUCUUAACUGAUAACUUAUUGGGCAUCACUUUUUUGCUAUAAUCUAUUUAGAGAAGUACCCUUUCUAAUUAGUUGUGGCUUUAAAAACCUGAUAAUUGUAAUAGUUGUAGUUGCUGGGAUUUGAACUGGGGUUAAACUGGCUUGGAGUUGGGGCCCAGAGAUCUCUCUUUCUGAGUAAACUAUCUUUAGUUCAUGUUCAUGGAUAAACAUGUGUGUCCACUUGGCUCUGCAGUUAUUUUUCACUUUAGGCUCUAACCUUUUAUACAUAUGGUUUCCUGUCACAAUAUUUAGAGCAAAAAGAUUUUAUAAGUGUGGCUGAAGAGUUAGCAAUGGAAACUGUUGAGUCUUCAUUACUAGGAACAUGUAAGUCUGUUCAGAUCAAAAGACUUUUUUUUUAAAAAUUUACAAUAAAAAUGGGAGAAGUAGACCUGCUUUUCAUGCCUUCUGAAAUGUUCUCACACACAGUGCCAUUUCUGCCUCUGUUCCUCACAGUUUGAAUGGGUCAUAAAUUAACAGUUGGCAAUCAAAUUUUCAAAAUUUAAGAAAAAUUUCAAAUAUGACAGACCAGUAUUUUAAGAUUAGCAUAGUCUAUUUUAGUGAGUAGACUAUUACUACAACAUAUAGAAAAUCCAAAUUCUAAUAAUACUAAUUAUGGUGGCUUCUAGAAAACAAAGCCCUUCUCGCAUAGGAAGUGAUAUGCACAAUUCAGAGAACUUGGCAAAUUGCUCUGGAUCGUUCUGAAUGAAGAACGCAAUUCAAUUCUGUAAAAAAGCGCAGCGCUAAUGUUACUGAGCUGUGCAGCAGUGUUGGGAUAAUCCGCUGACCGUGAAAGUGGGGUCAGCCUUUUGCAUCCAGGGUUCAGGGUCUCACGGUGAUAUAAAUAAGAACUGGAGAGGCUCAGUGCUGUGCAGCAUCAGCAGUCACACGGAUGACACUCUUAUGUCCUGUGCUGGCUACCCAAAGAGCUUUAGUAAUGACUGCUCCAGAACAAUGAGGGCCCCAGAGUAAUUUUGCUAAUGCUUGAGAGAUGGGUCAUUUGUUUAUUUGUUCUUUGAUGGGCAGAAGCUGGGGGAAGGCAGGGUGCAUCUUAACAGGUGUGAGACAUGGCCUCAAAUCUCAAUUUUGCUUAACUAAUAUCUGCUUCCUCAUCCUAAAAUGUAAUUGACAGUGCUUUUGACUUGAAGAAUAUAAGAGAAGGCUCCAGAAAAUUACAUUAGACUGGACAACAUGGUAGUGGCUGAGGAAACAAAGGAAUGAGGGGAAGCAGAAGGCUGAUAGAAAAGUCAGGAUUACAGUUGUCAGACAGUUAAUGUGUUGAAACCCUGAGUCCGAGGAGCAGGAACAUGCACAGGAAGAGUGAAGCUGGGGCUCCUUAUUUCUUCUGCUAAGCUGUGGAUGCAAACCAAGCGCCUGGGUCAGUGACUUCGUUCUCUGAGUGGGCAACCAGCUCUCUCUGCACAUGCGAAAUGCCAUUUCCACACUGCGGGGAAAUGCUGCCUCUGUUUGCUAAAUGUCAGACUUUAUAUGUGAGAUUAUGAGAACAAGGAUCUGGUGUAACCCGACUCCCAUGAGGGAUUAUUUUACGAGCCAGCUCUCCCAGGCCCUGAAUGGAUUGUCGGACAGGGCCAAAGAAGCCAAGGAGUUCCUGGUGCAGCUCCGCACCAUGGUACAACAGAUCCAGGAAAACAGUGUGGAGUUUGAGGCCUGCCUGGUGGCCCAGUGUGAUGCGCUCAUCGAUGCCCUAAACCGAAGGAAGGCUCAGCUGCUGGCCCGGGUCAACAAGGAGCAUGAACACAAGCUGAAGGUGGUUCGGGACCAGAUCUCUCACUGCACGGUGAAGCUGCGUCAGACCACGGGCCUCAUGGAGUACUGCUUGGAAGUGAUUAAGGAGAACGACCCCAGUGGCUUUUUGCAGAUUUCAGAUGCUCUCAUAAGGCGAGUUCACUUAACUGAGGACCAGUGGGGGAAGGGCACCCUCACUCCCAGGAUGACCACAGACUUUGAUCUGAGCCUGGACAACAGCCCUCUGCUGCAGUCUAUUCACCAACUGGACUUCGUGCAAGUGAAAGCCUCCUCUCCAGUCCCAGCAACCCCCAUCCUACAGCUGGAGGAGUGUUGCACCCACAACAACAGUGCUACGCUGUCCUGGAAACAGCCCCCUCUGUCCACCGUAGCCGCCGAUGGAUACAUCCUGGAGCUGGAUGACGGCAGUGGUGGUCAGUUCCGGGAAGUGUAUGUUGGAAAAGAAACAAUGUGCACAGUGGACGGCCUUCACUUCAACAGCACAUACAACGCUCGGGUUAAGGCCUUCAACAAAACAGGAGUCAGCCCCUACAGCAAGACACUGGUCCUCCAGACGUCUGAGGCAGCGGGAGCCCAUGAGACAAAACCUAUGAAGGACACAGACUCAGAAGAACAGACCCUCCCCUUUCCAGUGCCUUCGGAAAGAUUGCCGCUCCGUAGGAUGAGCCCUUUCUCCUCCACCCUUAAUCUACAACCCAGCUUCCCCGGGAGGUCCUACUUUGAUUUCCGGUCCUCACCCCACCAGCUGAGUUUGCAUUCUUCUUUACAGUCUCUCAAUGCACCGGGCUGCAAUUUUGAGACACAAUCUGCAUCCUACUCUCAAUUAGUUGACAUUAAAAAGCUGUUGGCAGUGGCUUGGUUUGCUUUUGACCCCGGCUCGGCCCACUCCGACAUCAUCUUCUCCAAUGACAACUUGACAGUGACGUGCAGUAGCUACGAUGACCGGGUGGUGCUGGGGAAAACCGGCUUCUCCAAAGGCGUCCACUACUGGGAGCUGACCAUAGAUCGCUAUGACAACCACCCUGAUCCAGCAUUUGGCGUGGCUCGCAUCGAUGUGAUGAAGGAUAUGAUGUUAGGGAAGGACGACAAAGCUUGGGCAAUGUAUGUGGACAAUAACCGGAGCUGGUUCAUGCACAACAACUCGCACACCAACAGAACUGAAGGAGGGAUCACAAAAGGGGCCACCAUCGGGGUCCUCCUCGACUUAAACAGAAAGACAUUAACGUUUUUCGUCAACAAUGAACAGCAAGGCCCCAUAGCGUUUGAGAACGUGGAGGGCCUGUUCUUCCCUGCUGUCAGCCUGAACAGGAAUGUGCAGGUCACGCUCCACACCGGGCUUCCGGUCCCCGACUUCUACUCCAGCCGAGCUUCCAUAGCCUAAGGGUGUGCUGUGGAGGCACUGGCUGUCCCUGAGACGGACAGCCCUGAGCCAGCAGCCUCAGCGGACAGUCGUACAAGGAUGAGAAGAGCUGGUCCUCAGCCGCCAUCUUCACCCUUAAAAGCUCCGCCCUUUCCCAUCAGCCUCUCCGCAUCACUGAACCCAGGCUCCCUUCCUCACCCAGAAACUCGACCGCACAGAGGAGCUCGGCAGCCCACCGCUCCCCUUUGUUCUCACUUCCACGUGUUGUUUUUCUUUAAUUUAGUGGGGGGUUUUGUUGUUUGUUUUUGGUUUUUUUGUGUUAACGUAGGUUGAAUUACUUUUGAUUCUUUUCCGAUCAUGUUUUGGUGACUUACCUACCUACCUGGCACUGCCAAAAGAAAUUCUCCUGGAAACUUUUUUUUCUUGAGCUUUUGGACAAGCAAAGAUGUUCUAGGAGAGCAGGUGGGAAAGAAGCCAGAUUUAGAGUUUGCCGUUUGACAUCUAGAGUGUUCUUGCCCUGAUUCUUGUCGUGAUGUUAGCUCUUUGUGGCUACUUCUUGGGAGGUGAGCAGAGUGCACUUGGCGUCCAGAAGUCUUAAUACAACCUGAAGCACAAAUACAUCGGCUACACUGGCUCACGGCAGGGUAAGGACCUUUGACAUAGGCUCUAGGCACUGGGAAAACCAGGAGACUCAAUGAUUUGACUCAUAUGACUAAUACAAGUUUUUAAUUAAGAACUACUAUGAUCCAGGCACUGUUCAGGACACUAGAAUGCUGUGUUCAUGAACACCCUGUCUUCCUGGAACCUAUAUUCUUAUGUAAUAAAGCAACAAGUAACUUCAAGUUGUUCUAAGUAAGGAAACAUGCCCAAGACGGUGUCACUGACAAACCCUGAGAUUGAUGCUGAACCCACACACUCUGGCUAUCACACCAGACAAGUACCAACCCAAUGCUUUCCCACCACACUAUCUUAACUAUGGUCUCUGCUGUCACUCACCGCAGAGCCCUUCCUUAGCAGAAAUGAUGUCAGCAUUGUUACUCAUUAGUGCUGUGGUCAUAACAAGCCUUAAGAAUUGAAUGUUAAAAAACAAAAUGACCAGAAGGCACAGGGCCCAGUCACCACCCCGGGCCUCUGAAGUUGCAAACCACACCAUUUACAUCCUCAGGACAAACACACCAUCGCUGUGUCUGCUCUCUGUGCCUGUUACAAAUGAGACUCCAUCGCUCACUGCUGUCACAGCCUGACUUUCUAAAGAAGCUCAAAUCGGGUUUGGAAAAGCGUAAACGUGGAUGUCACUCCUGGCACCACCGCGCUUACGACUCCUAACAGAGUAGACACCCUUCAGAUGUUUCCGUUUGACACGAAGUUUUAGGGAACGUAGGACCUGUGUGGGGGUGACUUCUGAUUAGUUGUGUAAAUACUUUCCACUGAGCCAGGAACCCGCUAGAAUAAUAGUAAAUGACAGAAGUGGGAUGGGAAAGUGGACAGCGCUUUGACAAAAAGGAACCUCUGUAAAUAGCUCACUCGCUCAUGUGCGUCCUCCGGGUCAUCUCUGUCUUGGUGUUUUUCUAGUUAGAACCUAAUUUAUUGAAUGGGUGCUAUCCUGUCUCUGUCUGUCUCGGGUUCCUGUGUCUACAGAACACUGUUGUGGGACUAUCCUUGUUUGGUCUUUGAUUGUUCCAAUGAGAAUCCAUGGCUGGGCCGCUAGUUACUCUCUUUAUUAAAUCCAUCCCCCAGGUUAGAGUUCUAGUGACUUGUAACAAAUAGUUUACAACUGAACUACAACUAUAGAUGCAUACAAAUAUAGAUGCAUACUGUACUAAAAUAAAAAGGUCGUUCCUGGUAUGCCAAUAAAGCGUUUUUAUGAGAGGAAAAAA